AAAAAAUCCGGUUUCUGCUAUAUUCGAUUCCGAGUCUUUGAUUCGUGGAACUCAAUUCAUCCACUCACUCCUCUUCCCAUUUAUCACUUGUGUAUAUACAUGUAUGGAUAUUCCUCCCAUUUGAAUUCUGGAGAAGAAAAACACUAGCUCAGGAGCAGCUCUGCCUUCUUUAUUUCUUCCUUUCUCUUCCAUCCAAGGAUUUUCAUCUUGUUACCAUUAGCACCUGCACAUAUGACACAAAGUAAUAGCGAUUUGUGACUACCAUAAUAUCAUCAUUGUGAUAGUUACUGCCACUUGGUAUGACAGUCCUGUGGUAAGACUGCAGAGUGAAGAUUGGUCAACAUGAGUAUCAUCGGAUCUGUCUCUGCCUUGAAUUCAAGCUAUUCAAUUCAUAUAAGGAACCGAUGUAAUUCACAUUCCAUUCAAAGUUGUUUUUUCAGUAUAGAUUCUGAAUGUAACAGUCAACUAGCAUUCAGAGGCAGUGCUUCCAUGGAUCACCGUCUGAGAACACCGACUCCAUGGCUGAUGAGAACACGGCCAAGGCAGGAAGUCAGCCGUUUGAAGGUUGUUUGUAUGGACUAUCCGAGACCAGAGCUCGAUAAUACUGUUAAUUUCUUAGAAGCUGCUUAUUUAUCUUCAACUUUUCGUACUUCAGCGCGUCCGAAUAAACCAUUACAAGUUGUAAUUGCCGGAGCAGGUUUGGCUGGACUGUCAACGGCAAAAUAUCUUGCGGAUGCAGGACAUCAGCCCAUAUUGUUGGAGGCAAGAGAUGUUCUGGGUGGAAAGGUGGCUGCAUGGAAGGAUGAUGAUGGAGACUGGUAUGAGACAGGCCUGCACAUAUUUUUUGGAGCUUAUCCCAACAUCCAGAACUUGUUCGGCGAACUUGGUAUAAAUGAUCGUUUGCAGUGGAAGGAGCACUCUAUGAUUUUUGCAAUGCCAAAUAAGCCAGGAGAGUUCAGCCGCUUUGAUUUUCCUGAAGUUCUCCCUGCACCGUUAAACGGGAUCUGGGCCAUCUUAAAGAAUAAUGAAAUGCUGACGUGGCCAGAAAAAGUGCGUUUUGCUAUUGGUCUGUUGCCAGCAAUGGCUGGCGGACAGGCUUAUGUUGAGGCUCAGGAUGGUUUAACGGUUAAAGAAUGGAUGAAAAAGCAGGGUGUACCAGAUCGAGUUAAUGAUGAGGUUUUUAUUGCCAUGUCAAAAGCUCUGAACUUCAUCAACCCAGAUGAGCUUUCCAUGCAGUGCAUUCUGAUUGCUUUGAACCGUUUUCUUCAGGAAAAGCAUGGCUCCAAGAUGGCCUUCUUAGAUGGUAACCCUCCUGAGAGGCUAUGCAUGCCAAUCGUUGAUCAUAUCCGAUCAUUAGGUGGUCAAGUCCAACUUAAUUCCCGAAUACAAAAAAUCGAGCUGAACUAUGAUGGAACGGUGAAGCAUUUUGUUCUCAGUAAUGGGAGUAUAAUCGAAGGAGAUGUCUAUGUAAUUGCGACACCAGUUGACAUCCUAAAGCUUCUUUUGCCUCAAGAGUGGAAAGAAAUUCCUUAUUUCAAGAGAUUGGAGAAAUUAGUUGGAGUUCCGGUGAUUAAUGUUCACAUAUGGUUUGACAGGAAGCUGAAAAACACAUAUGAUCAUCUACUUUUCAGCAGAAGUAAUCUUUUGAGUGUAUAUGCAGACAUGUCAGUGACAUGCAAGGAGUAUUACGAUCCCAACCGCUCCAUGCUGGAAUUGGUUUUUGCACCUGCGGAAGAAUGGAUUGGACGCACUGAUGCUGAAAUUAUUGAAGCUACUAUGAAAGAGCUUGCGAGACUCUUUCCCGAUGAAAUCGCUGCUGAUCAAAGCAAAGCCAAGAUUCUUAAAUACCAUGUGGUUAAAACGCCACGGUCAGUUUACAAAACCGUGCCUAAUUGUGAACCAUGCCGUCCUCUGCAAAGAUCCCCAAUAGAAGGGUUUUAUUUGACUGGUGACUACACAAAGCAGAAGUAUUUGGCUUCCAUGGAGGGUGCUGUUCUAUCAGGGAAGCUCUGCGCGCAGGCUAUUGUUCAGGACUGUGACUUACUGGUCUCUCGUGCCCAAAGAAACACAGCUGCAGAGGCAAGUAUUGCUUAGCCAAGCAACUGGCAGUUCCCAGACCGAGGCGUUCAAAAGAAGAUUUGGUUACAGAAACUAAUUUUUUGUCCAAUUCCCUCUUUGAUCCUAAAAGUUUGCAUCCUGAGUGCUAUACACAUCUUCAAUGUUCAGUUGGAGGAGGUUCUGUAAAUUUCUUGUAGGAGGUCAGUUUCCUCUUCCCUCUUUCAAUAAACUAGAUUUACUUGAUACCAAAGCUUGUAUACUUGGAUCCGUCAAAUGGGAUGCUGCUUUAGAAUCGAUCACAAUGUCAUCAGUUUGGUUGAGGCUAUUGAAGUUUUCAAAUCAUUACAGUGA